AUGCCCCCACGAACGCCUUCCCAGCUCGCGACCGGGCAACGCACGAUCUCGAGCUUCUUCGCGAGCACGCCGAGCGCGCGCGCGUCGCACGCGACUGAGGUCAAGGAGAGAGAUGUUGUCGACACGGCGAGAGAUGAUUUCAAAGUUGCGAGACGCGCGCGGGACGACGACGACGACGAAUCCGUGUCGCCGAACGCGAAGAGACGCCGCGACGGUGGUGACAUUGAUUCAACAGAGGAUGCCGCGGUGGACGUGCCGGAUGUGAGACCGGCGUGUGAACGAAACGCGUCAGGACGUAGCGGAGCGAGGGAGGCGGAGUCGACGCUCGAGCGGUUGAAACCGUCGAGUCCGUCGACGCGCGCGCGAUUUGUGGCGAAACUCUCGCUCGAUCGACGACGGAGGGAUUUGGAACCGGAUAAGGAGAACGGUGGUGGAGAAGGGGGUAAGAGUGGGUCGGCGGCGCAGAAGAUGACGCCGUUAGAGCUGUCUGUGAAGGCGUUCAAGGCGAAAUAUCCCGGCACGCUGCUCAUGAUUGAAGUCGGGUACAAGUUUCAUUUUUACGGCGAUGACGCGCGAGAUGCGAGCAAGACGCUCGGGAUCUUCGCGUAUCAGUCGAGGAACUAUCUCACGGCGAGCGUGCCGGUGGUGCGAUUGAACGUGUACGUGCGGCGGUUGGUGAAGGCGGGUUUUCGCGUUGGUGUCGUGCGACAGACGGAGACGGCGGCGCUCAAGGCGAGCGGAGAGAGCGGGAGUGGGAAUAAGAGUGGAUUGUUCGAGAGGCAGCUUGUAGGGCUGUACACCAAGGCGACUUUAGAUGCGGGCGCGGCGCUGUCGGACGCCGGAGACGACGGGGAGAGACCAUCAGGGACGCAGGAGCGGUUGUCAAAUCACUUGCUGUGCGUCGCGGAGGAGCGCGUGGGUGGAUCGAAGGUGCGCAUUGGACUCGCGGCGAUCGAGACGAGCACCGGUGACGUGUUAAACGGAGAGUUCACGGACACGAUGCAACGUGCCGAGCUCGAAUCGAGGUUGCUAUGUAUUUCACCAGCGGAAAUCGUCAUCGUCGAACCGAUAAGUGAGCAGACGACGCGUCUGAUCAAGGCGCUGUAUGGCUCAGGCGCCGACGCAGCCCGCGUGGAGCAUUUGACACGGGACACGAUCGAGAGCGUAGAACUCACCGGCGCCAAGGCGGAACAAGCCUCUCCGCUAGUUCACACCGCUCUGCGCGCGGGUGCAAAAUAUCUCAGCGAUUUCGGACAGGCGGACAUUCUUCAGCUCGACGCGGCGUUUCGCCCGCUCGAGGGCGUCAAUGAAAUGAAACUGUCGCCGAACGUCUUGCGUCAACUUGAAGUGUUGACAUCAUCGGCCGGCGCGUACAAGGGUAGUUUACUAUGGUUGAUGAAUCACACCGCGACUGCGAUGGGCGGGCGGUUACUGAGACACUGGGUCAGCCAUCCGUUGCACUCAAAGGUUGCCAUCGAGAGGCGGCUCGACGCCGUCGAAGCGCUGCGCGAUUUGACUUCCUUUGAGGAAGGAGAUCUCGAUAAGCGGAACCACAGCACGUUUAACGGGCUCAAGAUGCAGUUGAAACAGCUUCCAGAUUUAGAUAGACAGCUUGCUCGCGUGUUUCACGGUACUGCGACUCCAUCGGAGUUCGUGAGCGCUCUCACGUCUCUGUCUAGAUUUGGCGAAGCAUGCGGCAAUAUGCGAGAAGGUGUCGAGGGCGACCUCACAUCGACGCUUCUUGUCGAGCUCAUCUCAGCCAUCGCCGACCCGUCGCUUCGUGUGUUGGCGGAAACGUUCAUGAGCGCGCUCAAUCUGGACGUAGCGUGCGUGGACAAGCCGUCCAAGACAAAGAUCGGGCUCUUCAAGGAUGAUCCGGAGCGCUUCCCCGAACUGAGCGCCACCGUCGCGGCGGUGAACGACGCGAAACAGGCGUUGGCGGAUUUACUCCCCGAGUUACGAAAGAAACUGGGAAUACCUCGCCUUGAGUACACCACUGUCGGCGGCGUCGGCGGCGGUGAGUGGUUGAUAGAGGUGCCUAUGGAUAAGUCAUGUCCGGUGACAUGGAUCAAGGUGAGCUCAAACAAGAGUAAAAAGGUGGUGCGUUACCACCCGCCCGAGGUCACGGAAGCCGUGGCGGCUCUGGAGCGCGCGAAUGAACGGCAUAUGAUGAGCGCGGACGCGGCUUGGAAGGAGUUCCUAUCGUCGUUUCGAGAAAAUUACGCCACGUUCAGAGCAGCGACGAGCUCCAUCGCCUCGCUCGACGCGUUGCACGCGUUGGCCAUCGUGGCGCGCAACGAUGGAUACGUCCGACCGGAGCUCGUGGAUGACACGGCUACGCCGGUGCUGUACUUUGAGGAAGGUCGCCACCCCGUGCUCGACGCGCAUCUUUUGGACAGCUUCGUGCCGAACGGAGUCGACCUGGCGGCGGAUCGCACACGAGCGCUCGUCAUCACGGGCCCAAAUAUGGGCGGCAAGAGCUGUUACAUUCGGCAGAUCGCUCUACUGAGCAUCAUGGCGCAGGUCGGAAGUUUCGUCCCGGCAAAGUGCGCGCGCCUCACGGUGCUUGACGCCGUUUAUACGCGCAUGGGCGCGAGCGAUAACCUCGCGAUGGGAUCGUCCACGUUUCUGGAGGAGAUGUCUGAGGCUUCAAACAUUCUCGAGGCAUGCACCCCCAAAUCGCUCGUCAUUAUGGACGAGCUCGGACGAGGGACUUCGACGCACGACGGCGUUGCCAUCGCGGCCGCGACACUUGAACACCUGGUGCGAGACGCUAAGUGCUUCACACUCUUCGUCACGCACUAUCCGUCAGUCGCGCGAGAUGUCGAGGCCAAGCACGCCGCCAACUGCGCCUCGUGCUUCACCUCCUACGUCGAGCUCCCAGGUUCAUCGGAUGACGUCCCGAGGAUCCAAUUCCUGUACAAAAUCACACCCGGUGUUGCCCACCGAUCAUUUGGGCUCAACGUUGCCCGCAUGGCCGGUCUACCGACCGAGGUCAUUCAGAGCGCGAGCGUCAAGGCGUCCGAAUUGGAAAUUGCCGUCGCGCGUCGCGCGCUCGCCCGCCGCGGAACCUUCGACGACGUCACGGCAAAGACCAUCACCGACGCCGCAACCGCCGCCUUAGCAUCCAUCACCCGCGAACACGACCUCACCACCUCGCGCGCGAACGCGCUCCGUGCUUUAGAGUAG